GACUCGGAUCCUGUCUCCCAAGAAAAAGCUCAUAUUUGUGCAGAGAGAGGAUUUGACCUCUCUCUCUCUCUCUCUGUGAUAGAAAGAGAUGAGUGAUCAGUACGGCCUGCCGGAUUUCCGGCAGUUCAUGGCCGGAAGAACUCAAUAUUUCCCUGCCGCCAUCACACAACCGACAGAGCCACCAUUCUUUCUCCAUUGCGAGCCCCCCACCACCGCUAUGGUCGUUGCUGCUGAUCAGGUCGGCGGGCAGCUACUCGGGUUCGGUCAUGAUUCCUCCACUGACGCCGCCGGUGCUUCACAGAUGGAUAGUGGGUGGAUGGCGUCAUAUGACGGCGGAAACACUCGGUGGCCAAGGCAAGAAACUCUCACACUUCUUGAGAUCAGAUCUCGCCUUGAUUCCAAGUUCAAGGAGACUAAUCAGAAAGGACCAUUGUGGGAUGAAGUCUCUAGGAUAAUGGUUGAGGAACAUGGAUACCAGAGGAAUGGGAAGAAAUGUAAAGAAAAAUUUGAGAACUUGUACAAAUACUAUAAGAAAACUAAGGAAGGUAAAGCUGGAAGACAAGGGGGGAAGCACUAUAGGUUCUUUAGGCAACUAGAAGCAAUCUAUGGGGAAGCAAGCAAUAAUCAUGCCUCAGCUUCAGAACUCCAUCUUGCAAGAAACAACUUUCCUUAUCAUCAUCAUCAUCAUCAGAUUCCAAAUAAUAUGAUUAACCAAGAGAAUCAAGAGGUUGUUCAAAACCCAAGCCUUAGUUUCACUAACUCAUCUGAAUUUGAGACAUCUUCCUCGGAAAACAAUGAUGAUGAUCUUUCUGCCAUUGCCUUCAUGAUGAAUCAAGGGAAGCUGGAGAAAGGGAAAGAUGGGAGGAAGAGGUGGAAAGCUAAGGUUGAGGACUUUGUAGACUCACAAAUGAGGAAGAUAAUUGACACACAAGAGGCUUGGAUGGAAAGGAUGUUGAGGAGUUUUGAAAGUAGAGAGCAGGAGAGAGUGUGUAAAGAGGAAGAAUGGAGGAAGCAAGAGGCAGCCAGGUUUGAUCAGGAAGUGCAUGAGAUGUGGGCUAAAGAGAGAGCAUGGGUUGAAGCUCGAGAUGCUGCAUUAAUGGGAGCUUUAAAGAAAUUUGUAGGGAAAGAGCCAAUAUUGACUGAUCAUGAAAAUGACACCAAAUUUCUUUAUGGAACUGUUGAUCACAAUAUUAACAGAUGGAGUGAAUCUGAGAUUUCAAGCUUAAUACAUCUAAGGAAUAGCUUGGAGCUUCGAUUUCAAGAAGGUGGGUAUUUGGAGGAAGGUCUUUGGGAGGAGAUAGCUGCAAAAAUGGCUUCUUUGGGGCAUGAUCGAAGUGCCAUAGACUAUAAAGAAAAAUGGGAAAAUAUCAGCAUCUAUUACAACAAGAAGGAAAAGGAGGAUUUGGAUUUGAGAAGCAAUGGUUUUUGUCAGCACCUUAACUCCUAUAUUUGCCAGGGGAUUCCCAAACAAAGGCCUGAGAUAUCGAGCAUGGGACUUCAGCUGACGGUUGAGGGCCUUCCACCUUCAAGUUCCAUUAAUGUAGGAGAAAGCAUGUGGGAGAAAUAUGGUGUGUCGAGGCUCAACAAGGGAAAGAACCAGCAAGUUUAAUUAGCUCAAGCAAGAAACAACUUGUUCAGAAGGUAGAUCUCCAUGUUAAAGUUUUUUAACCCCAUCAUAAACCUUAAAGCACUUCAAAUGAACAUCAAUAUACCAUUUCAUCUUCUGAAUCUGCUGUCAACACCCAUCGAAUGCAUGGUAGGUGCUUUCACAUUCUGAUGGAUUAGGAGAAUAAUUGUACAUCUUUCAUGUGAAACUCAGCAAGGGAAAGAAGCCCAAGUUUUGCCAAAAGGAAUAAUUAACCUGAUCGAAUUGUUCUCUUCUGUAUGUAUAUAUGUAACUUGAUCAGAGGUCUAAACUUAUAGAGCAAGUAAUGUAUCCCAUCUUGGGGUUGAGGGGGUAUGUUUUUCUGUAAGAGAAAGCACUGAGUAGGGAACUUUAUGUCGAACGUAUAGCUCAAAAUAGGGCUUGGGGGUUACAUGAACCCAAGAUUUCUAACCCUA